UCUCUGUCUCUCUCUCACUCUCCAGACUGGAUUGUGUCCAGGUACAGUCCAGCCCCCUUUGUAAUAAGGAUGGUGACGUGUAAGCAACUUCCCUAUUGUGCAAUCAUCAAAAGACUCAUGGGGACUAUAAGAUCCCAGCCCCAUCUGGCCUCUCUGUUUCUCCAGCCUCUGCAUUCUCCAAAUACACACACACACACACACACACACAUGUAUGUAUAUCCACGAGGAGGAAGAUAUGGUGGAGGUGUUUCCCUGCAAAAUCUUUACUUAGAAGGAGCAUGAGGGACAGACAUUAUCAGGACAUGGACUUCAGCCACUCCGAGCCUUGAAAACUCCUGAACCCCUGGGAUCUGGAGCUUGCAGGUUGAAGCUGCCCUUGGAAACUGAAGGGAGGGACAAAAGCAAAUCUUUUGGGACUGAAGAGCACAAGAAACUUCGAGAAUGGCCAUCCUAAACGACUUCUCCAUCUUCAACGCCUCCUCCUCUUUCUCCGCCACAGCACUCCCCCUCUACCUGAAUGCCUCCACAGCCCCCUCUGCUCCCCUUUGCCCAGGCUGGCCCCAUCUACCCCACACCACCCUCAUCCCCUCCCUCUACAGCAUCAUUUGUGUAUUUGGCACCGUAGCCAAUGCCCUCGCAGUGUGUGUGCUCGCCCAUGGCAGCGGGGCCAGGAAAACCGUGGCCAACACAUUCAUGUUGAACCUGUGUGUGUCUGACUUGCUGUUCCUCCUCUCUCUGCCGUUGUGGGCUGUUUAUUAUUCUCUGGACUACCACUGGCCCUUUGGCCGCCUGGCUUGCAAACUUUGCGGAGGUCUCUUCCCCCUCAACCUCUAUGCAUCUAUCUUCUUCAUCACGUGCAUGAGCAUGGACCGCUACCUGGCCAUUGUUUACCCUCUCCGCUCCCAGAGUGCACGAGACCCCAAGCGUGCACGGCUGACCUGUGUUCUGGUGUGGUUUCUGGCAUGCGCCGCCACGGCCCCCAGCCUGGCUCUGAGAGACACCCACCGCAUAGAGGAGUAUGGGGUGGAGGCCUGUGUGAUUUUCUAUCCUCAUCACAGAUGGUUUCUGGCUCUAGUCUGGAUGAAGAUAGUCCUGGCCUUCCUGCUGCCUCUGAUCAUCAUCUCUUCUUGCUACUGCGCAAUAGGCAGACAUCUGCUGGCCGAUCCAGGCCUGGGGGGCAGACGUAAGCCCCUGGAGCCCUCGGAUAGACUGUCUCUCCCAGGCAGUAAAUCACAAGAGUCCCACAGGAGCAGUGGAAAACCAGAAAGACCCCCCACCCCCUGUGUGAAUCCAACCUCCAAUGGGGUCAGAUCCCUGGAAGGGAGGGGGCUUGAGAGAGUGCUUUGGACAGUGGCCGCUGUGGUCCUGGCGUUCUUCCUCAGCUGGUUCCCCUUUCACUGUGUGACCUUGCUGGAUUUGCUGAAGAGCCAGGCCUGGGUGGAAGGCUGCUGGGUAGACUGGUCCAUCACCAACCUUACUCCCCUCAUGCUUUGUUUAGGAUUUUCCAACUCAGCCAUCAACCCUGUACUCUACUGCUUUAUCGGACAUCACUUCCGGGGUCGCCUGGGGAGCCUAUGCAAGGGUGUGUGCGCUUGUUUCAGGGCCCGCGGUGAGCCCAACAGCCAAAAGAGAGGCUCCUUCAGCACAAGACUUAGCUCUUUUUCCAGAAAGCUGAGUGACCUGAAGGAUUUGGGGACUGUGGAGGCCACUGGGCCUGCCUAAGGUGGCCCACGAGGAGAAACCUGUCCCCACAGACUUCCAUGCAUCGGCAUCUAUCGGUCACCUUAGAAUCAUCCUGCUGACCUACGUUGCGUAGUUGUGUGCGACUGAGCUGUUAUUAAUCAUUGACCAAGUAAAAAUUCCUCAGGAGCACACAAGUCUAACAAGAUGCUGAUACAGAAAAGGGAUGAUUAUCAACCACUCCUGUCUAUGUUACGAUUUCUGGUUUGUUUGUUUUUUGAUACAGGAGGUUAUGUACAUGAUAUUACUUGUACCAUUUGUACCAGGCUGUUAACUUCUACAAGGAUAGCAAAUAUCACUGCAGUUCUAUCAAAGUUUUAUGUCUUUGUACCUAUAAUAGAUAAAGCGAACAAAUGAGAAAUAAAGUAAGCCAUAUUAAGUGAA